CUCCAUUAACGAACUCUCGUCACAUUAUAUAUUUUACACAUCAUCUAUUGAAGGACACUAUACCAAAAUAGUAUAGUAUUUUUAAAAAGAUAUCCGAAAGAGAACCUGCGAAUCUUGGCCUUUAAGCAACCUUUGGCUGAAGCAAUUCUUCUAUUCUCCUCUCCUUUUUUUCAUUUAUUUAUCAAAUAUAUUCCACUUUAUUCGUUUCUUCCAACUUUCAAUGCCUCUCAUAUAUAGAUGUAAAACAAAUCAAAGUAUAAUAACUUUCAAAACAUGUAACUUCGAUUCCUAUCUAUUAGAAAUUGACGAGAGAUAUGUCGAGAGCAAGAGUACGAGCUGUGACCCAUCAAGAUCUUGUUCCAAACCCGAAAACCACAGAUCUCAGCAGCAAAACCGGUAUUUUCAUCGCGGUUUUGACUAUAAUCUUUGGCCUCUCCUGCUUUGUUCUCUGCCUCUAUGCCGAAGCAACGAGAUCUCAGGCGACAUGGGGAAGCAAAACGUGCGUGUAUAACGGUAGCGGGAAAACGCCGUUGUUGUGCGGUGCGAUUGCGUUCGUGGGACUAGCGGUGGCGAUGGUGGGCUUGCACAUGUACUUACUUAUCGCAGUUACCACAUCGCCACCGCUGGUUCUAGUUGAGUGGGAUCCUGACUCUGUUCCUGCGAAGAGGCUCACGUUUCAAGCUGCCUUCUUCUUCGUCUCAACAUGGGUUUGCUUUGGUGUUGGAGAGGUUCUACUGUUGGUUGCACUUAGUGUGGAAUCAGGACAUCUAAAGAACUGGUCUAAGCCAAAACCGACUUGUCUAGUAAUCCGACAAGGCUUGUUUUCAGCGGCCGGAGUGUUCUCACUUCUAACCGUCUUUCUAGCCACGGGACUUUACCUAACCGCUCUACAAGCACAUAGAAUCUCUAAGGAUCUUCAAAACACUCAUAGAGAAAUCCUCGAGGCAUCAGUUCUUUAUGCAUCUCCUCCAAGAUCGCCCACGAAUCGGAUGGCUACGGUAGCUCGAGAAGGUCCUGCUACGGUUAGAGAUGAGUCGACGUCUUUGGAAUAUCUUGUUUCUUUAAAGCAAAUUGCACAUAUAGUAUAGUGUACAAUGUAUAGUAGCUAAGAUAUACUAGUUAACAUAAUCAUACGAGAAAAACAAUGUUCUUACA